AGGCGGGAAGGAUCGAGAAAGAUCAGUCGUUGACGCUGACUCGAGAGAGACCAGUUAUAUUUUGCAAUGGACGGGGAAACACAUAGCCUAGAGGCAAUAAUUAACAACAAUCUCAACAGCCGAGAUCUGGAUGAGUUCAACAGGAUCUACUAUGGUCGAAAAGAUCACAAAGAAGUUAAAAUAAAGGAAUCUUCUAUUGCUACUGCUAAAGAUAAUGACUUCGAAAUCGCGGCUUACGCAUUUCCCGCUAAGAAGGAGUCAACAAGACCACCAAGGAUAGUUAAAGUAGGCGUCAUCCAACAUUCGAUCGGUGUAUCAACAGACCGUCCAAUUAACGAGCAGAAAAAUGCAAUUCUUGCUAAAGUGAAAAAGAUUAUCGACGUAGCGGGUCAAGAAGGCGUCAACAUUCUAUGUUUCCAAGAAUUAUGGAACAUGCCAUUCGCGUUUUGUACACGAGAGAAGCAACCUUGGUGCGAGUUUGCUGAAUCUGCCGAAAAUGGUCCAACGACUCGUUUUCUCCGCGAACUGGCUAUUAAGUACGCGAUGGUUAUAGUCUCAUCAAUCCUAGAGAGGGACGAAAAUCACGCAGACAUUUUAUGGAAUACUGCCGUAGUCAUUAGUGACACGGGCAACGUUAUCGGCAAGCACCGUAAGAACCACAUUCCACGAGUCGGGGACUUCAAUGAAUCUAAUUAUUAUAUGGAAGGCAAUACGGGACAUCCUGUUUUUGCAACGAGAUAUGGUAAAAUAGCCGUUAACAUUUGCUUUGGACGUCAUCAUGUAUUGAACUGGAUGAUGUUUGGACAGAACGGUGCCGACAUUGUAUUCAACCCGUCAGCGACCAUUGCUGCUGAAGCUGGAAGUGAAUAUAUGUGGAAUAUUGAAGCUAGAAACGCUGCAAUCACAAACUGCUAUUUCACAGCGGCUAUUAAUAGAGUAGGGUAUGAGGAAUUCCCCAAUGAAUUCACCUCUGCUGAUGGCAAACCGGCUCACAAAGACUUGGGCCUCUUUUACGGCUCGAGCUAUUUCACUGCUCCGGACGGUGUACGAUGCCCAGGACUCUCUCGUACUAAGGACGGUCUUUUGAUUGCUGUAAUGGACUUAAACAUGAACAGACAGAUUAGAGACCGUCGCUGUUAUUAUAUGACGCAGAGGUUGGACAUGUACGCGGAGAGCUUAAAAAAGGUUUUGGAUUUGGACUUCAAGCCUCAGGUUGUUCACGAGACUGAGAAAUGAGAAUAAAACGAUGUGUCAUGAAUA